AUGGCCGUGCAGAUAAGAGGGUGGACUCGUAAUGAUGGCGUAUUUGAUGUAGCUCUCCAUGUCCAUGUCCAGGCCUAUAGUAAUGGGAGAGUCACCUGGAUGCCCCCUGCCCUCUACUGCAGCUCCUGUGGGGUCAAGGUGACGUACUUCCCCUUCGACUGGCAGAACUGCACCAUGGUGUUCCACUCCUACACCUACGACGCCUCAGAGAUCGACCUGCAGCUCGCUCGGGACUCCAAGGGCAACGAGAUCAAGGAGAUGCUGUAUGAUGGGGGUUACAGUGAGAGCGGCGAGUGGUACAUUCGUCACCAGCCCAGCAAGAAGAACGUGCGUGACGACCUGUACGAGGACAUCACCUUCUACCUGAUCAUCGAGAGGAAGCCUCUGUACUACGUCUUCAACAUCAUCAUCCCCUGCAUCCUCAUCACCAUCAUCGCCAUCUUCAACUUCUACCUGCCCCCCGACGCAGGGGAGAAGAUGGGUCUGUCCAUCAACGUCCUCCUCACCCUCACCGUGUUCCUGCUGCUGCUGGCGGACAAGGUCCCCGAGACCUCCCUGGGGGUGCCCAUCAUCGUCAACUACCUCAUGUUCACCAUGAUCCUGGUCACCUGCUCCGUCAUCCUCAGCGUGGUGGUCCUCAACCUGCACCACCGCUCCCCCAGCACCCACCACAUGCCCCACUGGGUCCGCAAGAUUUUCCUCCACCUGUUGCCCCCCUACCUGGGCAUGCUGCGGCCCAAGGUGGAGCCCCCCCUGUCCCUGGAGAAGCCCCUCCACAGGGAGAACUCCAUGGCCGUCAGCCGUCGACCUGCAGCAGACGAGUACUUCAUCCGCAAGCCCAACACCUCCUUCCUCUUCCCCAAGCCCAACAGGUACCAGUCGGAGGGCAUGUGUACUGACCUGAGGAAGUUCAUCGACGGGCCCAGCCACUACCUCACCCUGCCCCCUGAACUCAAGUCAGCCAUCCAGGCCAUCACAUACAUUGCUGAGCAGCUGCAGGCAGAGAAGGACUUUGCGGCUUUGAGGGAGGACUGGCAGUACGUUGCCAUGGUGGUGGACCGCCUCUUCUUCUGGACCUUUGUCAUCUUCACCACAGUGGGCACCCUGGGCAUCUUCACCAACGCCAGCUUCAACCACACUCCUACCGACCCCUUCAAAUACCCCUAACACACACCCCACAGACAUAAGCCACACACACCCCACAGACAGCCCACCGACACAACCCACACAGCCCAAAUGCCCUACACGCAAGCCCCACACACCCCCCGCUCACACACCCUCCACAAUCACAAACUCCCUGUACAGUCAGCCUUAGUUGCCGCUAGACACACACCCUCCACAUGCAUACACUCUCAUCUUCACUCAUGCCAGCUUCAAGCACAGCAACCCCCCGCCCCACACACACACACACACACACAUCCCUGACAGUAAUAAAAUAAUUCUCAUCCUGACACUUAAAAGCCCCAGUCUGAAUUCAUGCACAGUCUUGACAACUUCACUGGCAGCUGUAGUGCCGAGAUGAACAGACCCAUUGGAUGAUGAUAUGUGUUUCCCAUGUCUGUGUGUGGUGUCCUGGAGGAGGCUGGAGCUGUGGUCGUACACGGGGGGGUUUCAGAGGAGUGGGACGGCCCGGCAACACAGACAGAUACAGGUGCUUUAACGAGCUCAUGGAUGUAGUUCAGUUUCUGUUUGAGAAUGUGCAUAAGUGUGGUGUGGUGUGUGUGAUGUUUCUGUACCUCCCGGGUAAUCUGUAGUGUGUGUGUGUGUGUGUGUGUGUG